GAAGCUGCUGUUCACGGCUGUGACGACGGGACGAGGCUGCUCCGAGCCGUGCCGAGCCGAGCCACGGCGCUUCGUGUGGCGAAGCGCUGAAUAUCUGCUCUUUGUCUGGCUGUGACUGUGAGGGAGGAUCGGGGCGGCUGCUCCGACACUUCCGCUAACCAGACAACUCAGCAGUGGACUCUGGGAAGGAGAGAGAUUUUCGGAAAAGGAAGCGGAGGCUGGUGGAUCACACUGAUGCCGAAUAUACGAGAAGAUGCCAAAGAAGUGUAACAGGCCGAAGUUUUCUCCUGCUGGGGACUCCUGUGUGCCUUAACUCAGCACCAUGAAGUUUGUUGUUGAGAAGACAUUGGACAGAAAACUCUGCCAGAACCUUGCAGCUCCCCCAAGAAGCAUGACUGAAACCAAAAGAAUCAGAUAAUAAACUUGACGGGAUCCUUCCUACAUUUCCUGUGUCCAAUGGAAGCCAAGGGAUGCAGCCAGCGAUGGAAGAUGCAUCUCCCAGAGUUUAAACACAGCAGAAGAUGCUUGAGUACGAAUACAGGGGACGGUGAAAGAGGCAAGACACAGAGAGAGACAGACAGAGGAGGGCCACACAAAAGCGUGUCUCUGGCGCCUACCUCCAGGUAUCUGACCGACAGACAGUAUGUGAUGAGGAAGCCUCUGUUCUCUGCAGAGCAGCAUACGUCUAUCUUAAAGAAGACACACCUACAGAAGCAGAAAGAUUCAGGUGUCAGCAGAGGAGAACACACUGAUCUGAACUUCUUGACCAGACCAAGAGAGGAGCUGACCCCACAGAGCUUCAGCCUCUCUCACAGAGACGUCUCACCUCCCUCAGCCUCUAGCGAAGACCUCAGCUCACCCUUGGGUGUCUCAGAGCUCAGGGGCCGUCUGUACCAUGAAGAACCCACUUUCGGGUCACCUUUCUCUGCCAGCAGAUCAGCUCAGCGGAGCCUCUCCAGCUCCUUCCUGGAGGUCCAGAGACUAAACCCUCCUCUGAGACCGCAGCUGACCUCCACUGUCCUGAAUCCUACCUACACCCCUCGCUCAGGGUACACGAGGCCAGGCCACAUGGAGGAGAAGGGUGGGGAGAAGACCAGAUUAUUCUCAUCUGGAGGACACUCAAAAGGAGAACCCAUGUCUCCCUAUCAGGCAAACUACUGGGCUUGUGCCAUCCCUAAAGCUUUGCCUCCAUCUCCAGACAGGCACUCUGCAGCCUGGGACCCAAACAGGGAGUACCAGGCUUUGCUGGACUACACCUAUCCUCUGAGACCAGGACAUGUGGUCAGUGAGUGGGACAGCUCUGAGCUCCAGGGAGACUCUCACCUGCAAGCAGACCUGCAGGACUCAGGGAUUGAAGUAGACCACCUUUGUAGCUCCACCAGCCUGUCUGGGGUGGACUUCUCUGUGAACAGCACAGGGCUGACCAGAGAAAGAAGUCCUCUCGGUGCAGGUCAGAGUUCACCUGACCUGCCGGGGUUUACCAGAUCCUCAGAUGGUCUGCCCACCGGUACCCCUCUCUCCCUCACAGAUCCGGUGGGUUUGUCCUUGAACAGUUUGGACUGCAGUAAGGACAGAGGUGGACUGAAUCGUCAUAGGAGUGAUGACGAUCACCACCGUCAGCACCAUGCACCGUCCUCCUCCACCUCCACUGCUUUCAUCCGCACCACCAGUGUCCUUCCUCAGCCCGGGUGUGUAUGUGGGGAGACGGACGAGGAGUUCUGGCGUCUUCCGGAGCAGCUGGAGGAGCUGCAGCUGCUGUCCAGACAGGUGAGGGAGGUGACGGCCCAGCUGAGCCGGCCUGUCGCAGCCAGCUGGGAGUCUCUGGAGCCGGGCACCACCUCCAUCCUGUCCUCCAUCACCUUUCCUGAGAAACAGGAGGCUGACGAUGAGGAGAAGGAGGGCGACAGUCAAGACACAGAGGAGGGAAAAGAUGAGCCGGGCAGAGAGGAGAGGAACGCUGCUCAGACAUUGAAAUGUCCAUCAGCAGUUGAUCACAGGGACUCUGAGGCGGUGAGGAGGACUUCGGGAGCCUGGGUGGAGCCCGUUGGAGGGGGGCUGAGUCGGUCCAGUCUCAGGGAGGUGGAGGCUUUGGUGCAGCAGCUGAGUGGCCUCAGCCUGCCUGGCAGCCAGAGGAGCAGCCAGGAGAACCAAGAGCAACGUGACUCCCUGAUGCAACACAUCCAGGUCUUCUGUUCACACCUGGAGCAGCUCAUCCAGCGGCUGUACACGAUGUCGGAGAAGAUGGAGCUGCUGACCGCACCCGCUGUGGACAUCGACAGCGUGAAGUCGUCUCUGGCUGAGUAUCAGAGCUUUCAGAGAGAGGUGAGCAGCCAUCAGCCCCUGACCUCCUGUGUUCUGCUGACCGGACAGCUUCUGCUCAGCUGCAUCAACACCACGUCUCCACUUUUAAGAGACACCCUGCUGCUGAUUGAGAGGCAGUCUGGAGCUCUGCAGACCUACACUGAACACCUGUUCUCCUCCAUCCUGUCUGCCAUGGACACCCUGACCCAGCCCCCUCAGCCCAGUCAGCCCAGUCCAGUCCAGCAGAGCACAGAGGAGGACCUGCACCCAGUGGAUGUCCAGGGAUCUGCUUCGUAAACAGACUGCAGGACACCUCUCACCUUUUGUUUUUGUUUUCUUGCUUACUUCCAUCAGUUCUGCUUUUUAAUACCAGGUUCUUCAUCAGGAUUCACAAAAAGCACAACUGACUUUUAUUUUAUACACAUCAGCAGCAUGUCUGUCAGUUGUCUGUGGAAUAACAUGCUGUUUGUUUACCAUUGUAAAGAGGAACAGGGUGUCCACAGAUUUUCAUGAAGUUCCAUGAAGGAAACAUUGAGGACAAGUUCAGAGUCUAAAGUGCACUGAUCACACUUAAUAAUACAGGACGCCAAAGUGCUCUUAAAUCUCCGUCUGAAGCGUUUUCUACUUAUUCUUACUGUCCCUGUUGUGUUUAUCCCUCCUCUGAUCACUGGUAACACACAUUCAUAGUCAAUCAACCAGUUACAGAGAAGUGACUGUAGCCAGAAACCAAACAGACAUGAUGAAGAGUGGUCAGAGUGCUACAGCACGUCUGUCAUCACUGCUCUGUGGAAUGAACUACAGCUAAAUCCUAAUCUGACUGUGAGCAGUGAAGUCAGACUGUGGCAUCAGUUUCAAAAAGCCAAAUGGAUUCACUGAAUUUGAAAAAUCAGAGUAAUAAUACAAAGGUCAUUAAUCCAGCAAAUUACAAUUUGACAUUAGUUUGUCUCCUGUGUUUACAGUCACACUUUUCAUUUUGGGAUUGUUUUCUUUCAGAGGCAGCUGUCCUUCCUUUAAAGACGUGUGUCCCCCUGAACCUACGAAUCCCCCAAAGGGACAUAGUGGGAAUAGUUUUUCCUCAGCUACUGUUGCAUUUCCUCUGAUCUACAGCAGCAGUCAGUGUGUUGGUGCAGUUCUCAUACAAUACACCACCAGUUUGGGGAAACGUGCAGAUACUACAGAAAGGAGAAAUGGUGUAAUGUUUUUAGAUGAUGCACAUAUUUCUCAUUUCUUCUUUUAGAGGCCGAGCUCUGACUCACAGCCACCGGCUGUGAUCAGCUGCAGCUGCUCCGCCUGGCUGUGCCGGGUGAAGCUGUGAUGGUGGAUGUGGUUAUUGCUCCGACUACAGCUCCUGCUGCUGUUGCUGCUGUGGCCGAGUCUCGUUUAGCAUCAUUAAGCUGAUUUGAGCCUGUGUUUCCUCUGUCACAUAUGACAUGUGUUAAUACAGUGGCUUCAAUACAUGGUCAGACAACCAUGUAUUGAACAACCAUGUUAUACUCCCCACAAACUAUAGCCCAACACAGCCAUGGCAGCAGCUACAAUCAUAGAGACAACAGUACGAUAACAGUAUGUCAGCCCAUGGUUGUAGUCAUGAUCACAGCUACAGUCUGUCUCCGUCAGCCUUGGCCAUCUGACACAUAAUAUUAAAUCAUAAUACAGAUUUUCUCUAUGGAUCAGAGGGGCUGCAGAAGAUAUUGUGAGGUAACGUUAAAUAUCAACACUAAGACUGAAGAAUUUCAUAGAAAAAUUCCCACCAUGACCUUUCGGGGCUCUGUAGGAAACUGAGGAGAAGUUUGAGAGUCCACAGAGCAGUGGACAGUUUCUUUGAGUCUGAUCUGUGAUCAGCUGAUGGACAGUCACAGUCAUACACCAUGUCCUGGACUGUAGGACAUGUCUUCUUGCACUAUGAUCUGAAUUUCUCAUAGCUUUCAAAGAGUAAUCACUUGUACAGAACAGAUGGUCCAACCUUCAAACACGCAGCCUUAAACACACAUUUUUGAUCUAUUCUCACUGAUGUCACUGUUAACAAGUUUGUUAAAGGGUUAGUUCACCCAAAUUGCAAAACAGACAUUUUCUCUCAUCUCUUCAGUCAGGUAGUUUGUAGAUAUCUGCCUCUGCCACAGCACAAUGCAGGAGAAUGACAUUUAUUUUGUGGUGCUGAAACAUGUUACCUGAGAACUCCAUCAUAACCUCUCUUUCCAGAUUCUGUGUGCUGUUAAUGUCACUAGUUUUCACUGAAACUACUUCCUUCAUCAUACUGGAUACAUCCACUUGAGUUUUUUUUUUUUGUCAUUUUGGUGAAUUUUUCACUAUACUGUCAUUCAAAGUCACAGAAUAAACCUGGUUGUGGUUUUA